AUGGAGAGGCUGAAGAUGGAGCUGAAGAAGGACGAAGCAAGAGACAAGAAGGAGACAAGAAGGAGAGAAGAAGAUGGAGAAGACGAGCAGAGAGGAGAGCAGGGACGCAAGACAGCCAUGCCAGACCAGAAAGGAAGCCCAGAAGGCCCAGGCAGGAGACUGAUGCCUGGCAACAUCAUCUCGACGGCGUUGCGGAUCCUGCCUCGAGCAGAGGGGCUUCAGUUGAAGAGCGCGCAGGAGACGGUGGCCCUCGUUGGCCAUGCAUGCAUGGUGGAAAGCGGUUUCAGGCUGAUCGGGUUGGGAGAAGAGCACCGGACAGAUAGCGGUGAUGUCCUGCCUAGAGACUGGAAUCUGGGCAGCCCCCCGUCUGCCUUCAAAUACUCACACUCGCAUCAUCCGCCCUCAGAGUACCUGCUCCAGGUCAACCGCCUGGGGAGCAUGACGGUCAUCUACGCCGUCGCCCUGUUCAACAGCCGGACAACUUCGUUCGACAUCUCCACCGAUGAUUUUAUUUCAGAUUCGAAGCUUCCGAUAGACGCAACAGCCACGUCUGAAGAGACUAUUCGGAGCCUCUUUGUAUCGCAGUCUCGCCUUGAGGAGUUUUGCCGUCUGUUUAAUGAAAAUAUUGUGCAGAAAUUGAUGCCAGACCCAUCCAUAGCUCAGACUGGCGAAGGGGAGAGCAAAGAGCCCCUGGUCAGUCUACGGGAGCAGGCUGCCGAGCAGUACCCUUCUCGGGGACCCCUACGUGAUGACCGUAGCCCUGGACCUACCCGUCCUUACCCAUUUGACGACCCGCUGGCCAUUCCAUCUCGUGAACCCAUACCCGCUCCUUCCGGCGACUUCCCGCCGCCACGGUUCGAAGACGAAUAUGAAAUCAACCGCGGGCCCAGGGGAUCGUUCCCUCUCCAUAGCGGAUACGGGCGAGAUGAGAGGCAGCCUGUAAAUAUCGGCGAGAGAGAUCUCUACCCACAGGGCCUUGCUCCUCACGAUCCGCUGCAGAGGCACCUAGGCCCAACCCGGGGCGGUCGAGGAGGCUUUGGCAGCGGCGGAGGCAUGCACCCGACCUUCGACGACCCAAUGUUCGGUGGAGGCGGACGAGGUGAGGGAAGCUAUGACCUGCAGGUACCUCCUGGAGCACGGUAUGACCCCGUCGGUCCAGGAGACGGUCGACCAUAUGGACGGGGUUCAGGCUCGAGAUCAGGCUCCGGUUUCCCGGGGGGACCAGGGCCGGGCGGCUUUGGCGGCUUCGGCGGCGGCGGCGGCGGUAUAAUCUAG